AUGUCAGCGAAAAAGCCAACAAAUUGCAUUGAUGAAGUAAAAGAAAAUUUCCGAUGGACAAUAGAAAAGCAUCAUAAAUAUUCCAGUAUAAGUGAAAGUACAGAAAAUCAAGUUCGCGAAAUGUUCAAACAAUUGAAAACGACCUUCAUUAGUUCAUUGUCAUCAAAGUCAUGGUCGAGUGAAGAUGAAAAGCAGAAAUCCAUCAACUUGGUUUGUCCUAUUUUAACUGAUCAAUUGAACACUAGUCCAUUUGUUUUUUAG